GGGGUCUGGUUUGAUGGAUCACAUUAGUAUUCCUGUCCUAUGAAUGUGCUCUGUUGCUAACCACGUCAGUCUGCCACAUUCCGUGCGUCUCCUGUUCCUACCAAGGUUAGAUAUAUUCUCAGAAGAAGACCUUGGAAACAAGAUAGAGACUAUCCAUAGCAACCUUAAUAUAUUUUGUCGUGUGCUUCAUAGACGAUUUUAUUACUACUACUAUCACUUCGAAUACUAAUAGUGAUGUUAGUGUUUAAAUAGUUCGAAUUGCUGUCGAUUCUAUAUUCAACUUCUUAGAUCGUAAAUGGAAACUCCUAACUCUAACCCAUGGUUACAUCUGGACAGCUGUGUAUUCGCCUCUGAAGUAAACGUAAGCCACAAUGUGUGUGGACAUUUCAGCUGGUAUUAGGCUUCUGUCGAACUGAAGGUGACUUGCCUUGCUGUCGAAGCGAUGCAGAAAAGAGUCGCAAGCGCUCAUCCGGCACUCCUGCAAGCUGAAGGUUGCCUGCAAAAAGAUCUGUUUGAACAAUAGAGUUAUUUUGAGGCACUGGCUCGCUGCUUCAAAAGCCAAAGCCAAAAAAGAAAAAGAAAAAUACACACCCUUUCUUAUCAGCUUAGGUUUGAUUAUUGGAUGUGUAUGCAUGAGUUCUGCACCGAAUGGGCGCAAGAACCGCCCCAGAUCCGCUGGAUCCAUUUUUCAAAGCGGCAAGGCACCUUACAGGGACCCAGAGCGCAGAGAGAGCACGGAGAGUACCCUAAAAACGCAACGAGCCCUGGAGGACUGCAGGAUGAUUGUCCAGGAGUUCAAUACACUGGUGGCCCUGUACCGUGAACUAGUCAUUUCCAUUGGAGAUGUGUCGGUCGACUGUCCUUCUCUUCGCGCGGAAAUGCAUAAGACACGAACCCAAGGCUGUGAGCUGGCCCGAACCGCACAUCAAAAUCUUUCAGUAAUUUCUGGGCCAGAAGAUGGAGAAAUUCAUCCAGAAAUCUGCCGGCUUUUUAUACAGUUGCAGUGUUGUCUAGAAAUGUAUAUCACGGAAAUGCUCAAAUCUGUGUGUCUUUUAGGAUCCCUUCAGUUACACAGAAAAGGUAAGGAGACAUGUACUGUUCCCAAAAUCUUGGACUGUAAAAUGGAGGAGAGCUCUGAGAUCCCAAUAUUGGAAGACACAUCAUCCUCACCAGUAGAUUAUCAUCAGUAUUCCUGGCAGGUUUCCACAGAUAUUGAAAACACUGAAAGAGAUAUGCGGGAAAUGAAAAAUCUUCUAAGCAAACUCAGGGAGACUAUGCCUUUACCAUUAAAAAAUCAAGAUGACAGCAGCCUCCUGAACCUGACUCCAUACCCCCUAGUCAGAAGAAGAAAGAGGCGAUUCUUCGGACUUUGCUGCCUUGUGUCAAGUUAAAACAUCCUGCAAAAACCGAAAUUAGGAUCCAUAUCAGAGCAAACAACAAUCAGAAACAUUGAACCAACUUGUAUGUUGCCCUACAAAAUAUUACUGCCAUUUCUAAACUCUUCUGUUCCGUUCAAAAAGGCUGUCCAUUUUCUAUUUUUUAUUUUGUAAUACAAAAACAGUUCUUAAAAAUUGCCGAAUGGAUAGUUUUGAAUUAUAUAUUUUACUCUAAUUUUGAUUAAGAUGCUUUAUAAAGAUUUUUUCCAUUUUUGUAAUUGGAGUGAUAUUAUUGCAUGGCCACUUUAAGGCAAUGUGAGCAGAUGAAACUAUGUGGAAUUAGUUUGCCCCCUCCCCCACAUUGCUCCAGUAGUUACACUUCUGUUCAGGCAGACUAAGAUCCUUGUGUUAUUAAUCUCAUUAUUAUUUGUAUAUUUAAGAACUAAGACUAAAUCUAAUGCUUCUUUUGAAUCAAACAGCCCUUCCACAAACAUUGAUGAAUUUUUGGGCAUUCUAAGUACCAAGGGUACCCUUAAUAGGAUAUACUAUACUACAGUAUAUAUGGUAUUUCAAUACAGAGAAAGAAGAAAAUUAACCAACUAAGAUUGAGCAGCAGUGUUAACUAACUCAUUGCAUCAAUCAAACACUGCAUAUAGAAGCCAUGUACAGGAGAAACUUUUUUUUUCCUUUCCAUAACUACAGUAUAUACUGAUCAUUAUUUAGUCUUCCAUAUACCGGAAAUCUGUACCCAAUUUUUCUUUUACAUUUCCAAGGAAUAUAUAAUAUUGAAAUAAACUUUUGCACAUACUGUAUAUGUAAAUCAA